CGCAUGCUCGUCGAGUGGCCGUGUCGUAGCACUCCGCUUCUACAAGCUACGAAGUUAUUCGUAGCACAGUACUAGUGAUAACAAAAGUGACAUUGGUUUCGGAUUUUUUUUUAUUGUAUGUUAUUCUGUAAGUGAUAUAUAUUCUAGCUUUAUGAUUCUCACGGAAAUCACCAUCGAACGAAAUUUACGCCUAAACGCACCAUGUUUUGUUAGACUCUGAAAGUUUGCCCGGUAAACUAAUUUAAGCGUUUGCGGGCGUUAAUGGACUGCAGGAUAGUGUAGAACUUUGAGCAAACAACGCACAACGGAACCAUUGAUUCGUAAAUUGUGACGAAGUAUUGUUCGGAUAAAAGUGUAUUGUGCAAUUUGUUGACAUUUUGGAGGAUAGAGCGGUCGUGAUGUCGACCUGUGUAGUGGAGGAAGAUCGUGACGAGGGUGGCGGCGACAUCGUGGUUUGUGAGGAGGAGUUAACAGUGGAAGUGCUGCCUGAACGUCCUCGGCGCGAUGUACUUGUUAGUGCGCGCGGCAGGCGAGCAUGCUCGGAGCAGGGACCUCAUCCAUCAUCACAUCUCUAUAUGCAACAUGGGACAUCUCACUUAUGGGGUGCGAACAGCGGACGCCGCGGAUGGAGCCGCAAGCGGACAUCGGCGCCGCAGAUGGGCAACACGCAGGGCUCGAUGCCGCGUGUCGCGCUUGUGUUGAGGUCUCGCCGCAGCUGGCCUGUUGCUCCGCAGUCAUACCGCAGCUUCGACGUCGAAAAUGGCGGGGCAGCUGGCGGCGCGGGGGGCGCGCGCUCCCCACUGGAGGGAGGCUCGCCCUCCGCCGCCCUGGUGCUGCAGGCGAUGCCGCAACGCCGCGAGUCCUUCCUCUACCGAUCUGACUCCGACUUCGAGAUGUCGCCGAAGUCGAUGUCCAGGAAUAGCUCCAUCGCCAGCGAAAGAUUCAAGGAGGCUGAAGCUGCACAACUGGACAGAGCCCACGGCGAAGACUUGAUCGUGACGCCGUUCGCGCAGGUGCUGGCGAGCCUGCGCAGCGUCCGCAACAACUUUUUGUCCCUCACAAAUGUACCCGUCGCAAAAUCGCGAAGGUCCUCGGGGGUGGCUGCGGCUGUUACUCCGCAACCCAAAAACUACAAUCCAGGAGACGAAGCCUACAUGAAGCUAGCAUUGGAGACCGUUGAGGAGUUGGACUGGUGUUUGGAUCAGCUGGAGACUAUUCAAACACAUCGGUCCGUGUCCGAUAUGGCGUCUCUUAAGUUCAAACGCAUGCUCAACAAGGAACUGAGCCAUUUCUCCGAAUCCAGCAAAUCCGGCAACCAGAUCUCUGAAUACAUCUGCUCCACUUUCUUGGAUAAACAACAAGAGUUGGACUUGCCGUCCUUGCAAGUUGAAGAAAACACUGAACGCACCAAGAAGAAGGAAAAGCCGCGUCAUGGCGGACCUGGAGGAACCAUGUCACAAAUAUCCGGUGUAAAGAGAACACUGACACACACAAACAGCUUCACCGGCGAGCGCGUGCCGCGAUACGGCGUGGAAACACCGCACGAGGAGGAGCUCGGUCGUUUGCUUGGCGAGCUGGAUCGCUGGGGCGUCGACAUCUUCCGCAUCGGCGAUUUGACGUGCGGUCGCCCGCUUACAGCCGUCGCCUACGCCGCAUUCACAUCGCGCGAACUCCUCAACACGCUGCAGAUCCCUGCACGCACUUUCAUAGCAUUCGUAGUCACUCUCGAGGAGCACUAUGUGCGUGACAAUCCUUUCCACAACUCGCUGCACGCCGCUGACGUGACACAGUCGACGAAUGUGUUGCUCAAUACGCCGGCACUCGAUGCAGUAUUUACGCCAAUAGAAGUGUGCGCCGCAUUAUUUGCCGCCUGCGUGCACGAUGUCGACCAUCCCGGUCUCACCAAUCAAUUCCUGGUCAAUUCCAGCUCGGAGCUCGCUCUCAUGUAUAACGACGAGUCGGUACUCGAGAACCAUCAUCUCGCAGUUGCUUUUAAAUUGCUCCAGAACGACGGUUGCGACAUCUUCAUCAACUUGCACAAGAAGCAGAGGCAGACGCUGCGCAAGAUGGUAAUUGAUAUGGUGCUCUCCACGGAUAUGUCAAAGCACAUGAGUCUUCUUGCUGAUCUCAAGACCAUGGUUGAGACUAAGAAAGUGGCCGGUAGUGGCGUCCUGCUGCUCGAUAACUACACGGACAGGAUACAAGUGCUGGAGAAUCUCGUGCAUUGCGCAGAUCUGAGUAACCCAACCAAACCUUUACCGCUGUAUAAGCGCUGGGUCGCUUUGCUCAUGGAAGAGUUCUUCCAGCAGGGUGACCGUGAGAGGGAGCAAGGGAUGGAUAUAAGCCCGAUGUGCGACAGGCACAACGCUACUAUUGAGAAAUCUCAAGUUGGUUUCAUCGACUAUAUCGUGCAUCCGCUGUGGGAGACUUGGGCGGACCUCGUCCAUCCUGACGCGCAGGACAUUCUGGACACACUGGAGGAGAACCGCGACUACUACCAGAGCAUGAUACCACCGUCGCCGCCGCCGGCACCCGUCUCCGCUUCUCAUUCGGGUGCCGAUGACGAUCGUCCCGAGCAGAUACGCUUCCAGGUAACAUUAGAGGAAGGCGAGGGCUCCGAGGAGUGCGAGGGGGAAGGAGAUGGUGGGAUGUGACGGAAACUACUAGGAAUCUGCAAGAAACUCUCUGAGAAGAUGCAGGUGUGGUGGAAGCUCUGGCAGUAGACGCCCCGGGCGGCGCCCGUGUCGGAAUAGUAAUACACUUGUUAACGCUUAACGUCGGAGUCGUUUGCAGCACGCGCACGCUCCGACACUAUUUAUAUGAAUACUACGCAUUGUUGUCUAGAGUUACCUAACGACUCAAUAUGUCCCUCCAAUGACUGUGUAACAUUCGAUCGUCUAGAGUUUUUACUAUCCUUUUGUUUUGUCGUGUAACCAAAGAGUUGUGUGGUGGUUUGGCCGAGUCUGUCUCUCUCCCGUGUCCCUCGUGUCAGUAGUCGAUAUUCGCUCGUAACGUUACGGUGUAAGUAGCAUUAGAGGUCGGCGCCGCGUCACCGGCGCUGGCUAAGUAAGGACAUUGAAAACGCUUAUUAAUUGGUAUGAAAGGGUAAUUUAUAUUGUCAUAUCAUCCACUUUCUCAUAUUUAAUACGGGUUUGCGAUAAUGAUGUUAUUCACCAAAAUAUUAUAACAUUAUAAGUAUCCUAAUAUAAAAUACUAUUUUAAGGUAAAUUUUAAAAACGCCUUUUCGGAGUUGUUGUUGUAUCGUUUUUUCUGAAUAUUUAAUAUUCGACAUGUCUCUCGCCGAACGACACUACCGAGAACAUCUUGUUAAAUGGCUUUACUUGAUUUGGAUAACCUUGUAGCACCUCAUUUCUAACGAAGGAUCGCUGGCGAUCCCUUUAUUUUCUCUUUAGAGUAAUGUAUUAUUUUUGUAAAUUACGUAUUUUAAUUCUAGUUCCAUUCACCUAAAUAGUCAUCUUAAACUUAGGUAUAUUUAAAUAUCUUCGCGUAUGCAACUAACGGCUUGAGUCUUUAAACCGAACUAAUAGUACUAACAGAGGCGUGGUUUGCGACAGUACUAAUUAAGAGGCAUACGAUAGCGGCAUGGGCCGGGUCUUGCAAUAGUACUUCUAAGUAGGUAGUUUCCGAAACUGCGCACAACGCUGUUCUCUCUCGUAUCAAUGUAAAUGCUCAUUUCACACAACUCGAAGUAUAUCAAUAUAUAUGUAUCUGUAUCAUGUAAAUGUGCCUAGCUUGUUCUCGCGACGCCUCAGAUCUGAUUCCGCGGCUCGCAUCCUUUACUUGUAGCCAAUACCAAAGUAGUUAUUAGGUUUUAGAUGUCUCAACCCAAUAAUCCACCUUGACUACACUCAUUCGCGUAUUCAUUUACAGCGGGGGUGUAAUACUUAAUUACCUGUGUUAUGUGCAUUUCAUAGGAGCCGUCAUCUUAGUUUACGAUUUUAUUAUUUGUGAGCUGGUCUCUGUAUUUUAUGUACUCAAAAGAUAUUUACCAUAAACGAUCGUUUAAAUAAUUUCUCGCGAUCAUAUUGUUUUUUGCAAUAGAAUAAGAACAUUUAUUAACUACCGACAGUAUUACCCUGUUAUUCGCACUAAUCAUUCAUCGGUGUUAAGAAUGAAGGUCCAAUGUACAAUAUUUUCGUAGGUAAAUUAAGAUUCAACUGGCGACCAAUUCUGUCGCCUUUAACGUUCUUAAAAAAGUAAUUUCUUAUUUAAAAAUUUCACAGUAGAAUUCGAUGUGUCAAAAAUGACGAAAGUAAUUUGGAACGCUUAUCUACAGUAUGUAUGUAUGUUUAAACAAAUCAUUACGCUUAUAAACGAUGGUUUAAAGUUAUGGUAAAAUAACAAUUGUGUAUGUAUGUUAAUGUUGGGUAAAUAUAUUUGUACUAUAUUAUGAUCUGUGUAAAGUACUUUCUUACGUACUCAGUAAGUACAAUACCAUAUUCAUUCGUAAUUUAAGAAAACACUGCAUGUUGGACAAAAUAUUAGAAUUACCGAUAUUGUUCUGGAAUACUUCCAAAUUCGUCAAGUGUCGUUCACAUUUGUAAUUUUUAGUCGUUACUGUUUAAUUUAUCUGUGGCAGAAUUAUGUAACAGCUGCACUGCCGAUUAUUUUGAUAAAAUUCUGAUUCGAUGUACUUUUUGCAUCCUUUACGAAUUUGGAACAGUUUACUUUUAAAAGUUACAAUAUAGCAGAUGUUAUUCCUAUAACCUAAUUGAAAAUACUAAAUUGUAACUAGAUUUAAAUAUGCUUGUUGUGAAAACUCUUCUUUGCAGUUAAUAGAAAUUAUUACAUGUAUUAAAUAUUUAUUACUGUAAAUGUAUAAUCAAAUAACAAAAGGUGGUCAUGAUAUAUCCCCUAUCAUUUAAUCGUAUUGUGUUUGUUUUGUUGUUUUAUCUGUUCAUCUAACUCGAUUUUUACCAAAGAGCAAAGUUCAAAGGUUUUAUGUGAUAUUUUAUUGAGUUGGCUAUAUGUACAUCUGGCAUGUCAUAAUUUUACUUGAAUCCUGUAGUCUCCCUGAAGCUUGGAGCGCUAUUUUAUUGAUGUGGAGAACUAUCGCUAAUAUAAAUAAUACUUAGAUAAAUUAUUAUAAAUACCGAGUUAAAAGUGUGCAAUGCUGGACAUUUGCAUUACUUUUUAUGUUUAAAUUAAAUAGCUUGUACUAGUUUUAAUGAAUAUUUGAGUUGAA